CUGUCCCGGAGGACAUUCGGUCUCACACAGAGCAGCAGAAAGUUUUGCAAUUUGUCACAGCAGUUCAUAAUGAUGCAGGCUUCCGCAACGAGGACAAUCAGAGUGAAGGGGCUCCCAGUAGAUCUCUCGCAGGAGGCUUUUGAUAAGCUAGCAAGGGAACUGGGAUCCGCGCCAUCGAAGAAGAAGCGGUUCUUCCGUUCUAGAAAAGAGACAGACACAGUGGAAUUUAUUGCCACUUCACUCGCACCUCAAUUUGGGGAGCAGAUUGGCACAGUUACAUUUUCUUCUGAAGUCCACAAAGAAAACGCUGUUGCUCAUCGAGGUAAAUGGCGGUAUGAUGACAACUUCAAUGGCAUUACAGUACUUCAUUCGGGCCCUCGUCCAGAUAUCGAUAUAUGUGCAGUCCAUGGUCUGAAUGGAAAUGCUUUCGAUACAUGGGCAAGCGAGGCCGUGAUGUGGCUUCGCGAUCUGCUCCCAAAGACAAAACCGUUCGAUGGCUCUCGAAUAUUAACCUUUGGAUAUAACGCCUUGCUGAAAUUCUCAGAUGACUUGUCCGGAAUUCAAGAGUGGUCAAUUGACUUGCUCAGUGGUAUAAGCUCAUUGAGAACUACUGAAGAGGAGAUUAGUCGUCCCAUAAUUUUCGUUUGCCAUUCUCUCGGCGGUCUGGUAGUCCGACAAGCCAUGAUACGCUUGGAUGGUUCUCCACACUUGUUUAACGGCAUCAAGUCCAAUCUUUGUGGGGCAGUUUUCCUCAGUACACCGCACUCAGGCUCUGGGGAUGCAGACUGGAAUAGAUACCUGGACAGCCUUAUUGAGAUCACCGGAGAUGUGCAUGCAGAUGCCACUGUCAAUUCUUUACGAUCGUUCAACUGCCUCUCAACCCGUGCAAAUGAGGAGUUCGGAAACUUGAAAAUAAACCCACCAUAUGAAAGCUUUUGUGAAUCAAGAGAGACCAAGUCUGCUGAAGCAAGUCGUCAGAUUGUGACCAUUGCAUCGGCAACCCUAAACGGAAAGGAAGCUAUGCCAAUACCCGAUGUGGACCAUUAUACCAUCUGUAAAUACGAUUCGAAAUUCCGAGAAGGGUAUCAAAGAAUAGUGGCAAGUCUAUUAAGGAUCAAAGGUCUUCUUAAGAAUCCAAACAUGGCAACGCUGCCGUUGCUUCAACGAACUCCUAAUGGUGUACCACCUGUUGAUGCUCGCCACUACCCAUUAGCGCCUGGAAAACGAUGGUAUGAAGGGAGAGGUUUGUAUCCGGAGCGAAGGCCAAGAGUCCUAGAGGGUCGACAGAUGGAACUGCAGUUACUCAACGACUUUUUGGCUAUCUGCCAAAGAAACGACUCUUCUGUAAUUGCUGUGACAGGAAUAGGUGGUAUCGGCAAAACCGAGAUAUUGUUAGAAUUCGCUCGCCAGCAAAUCAACAAGAUGAACAUUUUCUUCAUCUACGCCAAAGAUGAAGAUUCUUUGAGAGAUGCUUAUCAUUACGUUGCUCGCCAGCUUGGCCAUCUUAUGAUUGUGCAUGAUCAAACAUCCCAGUCAACCGCACUAGAUAUCUGGAAUAACUUGAGCCAAGACGAAAAGAUUGAGAGGUUUAAGCAGUGGCUGAGGCGCCCAGAAAAUGCAGAGACUUUGUUCAUGCUCGAUGAUCUCGACGGUUUAAGAAGCUACGAGCUGGUCUGGACGGCUCUUCCACACGAAGCUAAAAUUAUCCUAUUCUCCUCAAGAAAUCCGGUACUGUGCGAACAGCUAAAUUGGCAGAGUCACCACCUAAGGCUACGUUCCAUGGAUCAUGACGAUGUUGUACAAAUAAUGGAGGGCAUGUUGCAGAGAAUGAGCGGGGUGGCUAGCAGGACUCUGCCUAGUCGUGAAAGACUUCAAGAAAUUGCUUCAGCACUUGACGGUUACCCGAUGGCAUCUAUGAUGGCCAUCCGAUAUAUUACCAGAGUCUUAGCUCAAGAAACGCCCGAUGAGCCGGAAGUACAAUUUCUUCAGAUUAUGCAGGGGCCGGACUUCGUAUCACGGAAACAUUUCCUAGAAUACAAGUCUGGCAACGGACCUUCUAUCAUGGACACCUUUCUCACUUCUAAACAGAGACUGAGAGAUCCAUAUGGAAUUUCCUGGAAGAUAAUGCAGUUUUCAGCCUUUUUGGAGACCAGCGAUCCUAGUUUAGACUUUCGACGAUUUUUCUACGCCAUCAGCCGAGAAUGUAUACUUCAAACAUCAGAAUUCCCCGAUCACGACGUUUUGACAGCCAAUACAGUGUUGAUCUCAGAAGGAUUUGCCGAGAUUGAAGCAGUGUCAUUUGGUGAGCCAGCUAUGGGAUCGAUACCUGCAAGGUUCCACCCUAUCUGGCUGGAAUGUACCUUGCAGUGCAUGGGAGAAGCAAACCGCAUUAGAUAUAUGCGCCAAGUCUUGAUGAUCUGCCACAUGAUGGCAUUAAAUUCAGAUAGCACCAUGCAGCCUGAAGCGAUUCAACGACAUAUCAACCGUUCAAGGGAUAUCUGCAACGCAUUUAGUCUCAUAUUGAACCGGCUGGGCCUACCCCCAGUGGUCUUGGUGUGGCUCAGGGCUUUAGGGCGAGGGAGGUGAAUCCCUACUGCCAGUCGUGCUCGACACUUCUCAAUGAGAGGCCGAGUUGUACCCUGGACCUACAGCCAUUGAGGCAUCGUACAAAAUGGUGGAGGUUCUAUAGAAGCAUUAAUCAAAUAGUGCUGGAGACUUCUUUUGCCAAGGCAAUUUCUCUCAAUGAAGAUCGUGGUUUGAAGCCGAGGACGAUAGUACGAGGGAUCAGACUCCAGUGUGAGCUUCUGAAAUGUUCCAAUCGUUCUUCUACUCAGAAACCAAGUCAUGAAAUAUGGUAUGGGUAAUCAACGCUGAAGGAUUAUGGUGUGCUAGGAUACGGCUCCCAAUAUCGGACCGUUUCCACCCUUGCUCGCUUAGCCUUUAGCGACAAUAACAAGGAAGUGCAGUUACCUUAAUCAGUAACAUUGGGUCCCCACUGACGGAGAGAUGCAGUACAGAAAGCACAGAUAGUCAAAUCUUGAUUGAUCACAGUCCUGGCAUAUCACAGAUUUCUUGAGGCGUCAUUCACGAGUAAAUAUGAAGUGAUACCCAAAAGUUUUUUUUAAUGUAUUUCCAACAAACGGAGGUUUCCCGAAAGCUUCUAAAUUGCCCAGCUUACCCAGCAGGUACUCAAAUACUGUUAUAAACAGCCACAUACUCGACUCUCAUUGGAACCCCUGGUCUAGUCGCCUCGAUCGGUGUCGUGCUUCCCUGAACAUUGUUCGGGAAAGAUCCACCAAUCGCCAAAUUCAGUAGAAUGAAGUGGCCGUGGUGCACCGUAGUAGCCCAAAGCUCACUUCCCAACUGAGUCUCUGUCACAGUCUGAUAAGUAGUUCCGUCGACCUCCCAGCUGAGCGUCUCAGGACUGACACUUCUAUCGACCACAACGGCGAAUGUGUGGAAGUUUCCCUGGCAGGGGGCGCCGCUGCCGCAUGGCGAUUUAGAAGAGAUGCCGUUGGUUUCGUCGCAUACUCCGCCGGGAUUGACAUCGCAGUGUAGAGUGCCAGCAACAUUGUUCAACCCGUUGACGUUCUCCAUGAUAUCAAACUCGCCAACAAUAGGCCAGUUGGUGAACACUCCACGGAAUUGAUCGCCGAGCGUCCAGAAUGCGGGCCAGUAGCCUAUCGCCUCUGUGCCAGUGAUGUCGGGCAUGGCGACGCUGCCUUGGAUGCGCAUCUUGCCUCCCUCGACUGCUUGAAAGUCUGUACGUUGGGUCUCGAUACGGGCUGAUGUCCAGGCACCUGCUGCGUCGCGGAGGGGAGUGAUAGAUAGUGUGCCAUUUCCGGAAAGGGCAAGGUUGUUGGGUGAGCUGGUGUAUGUUUGGAUUUCGCCUGUUCCGAACUGUGAUUUGUUAGAUAUGUUCUGCCAGAUGCGUGGAAAGUCUUAAAGAUAGCUGGGGAAACCAAUCCCGAGUAACUGAGACUCACCUGAGGAGCACCGCCUGGGUAGGAGGUACCAGUUGUGACUAGCCAAUUUGCUGGAUUUGGCAGACUCUUCGCAGUUCCGACAAAAUCAUCACUCCAAGUUAUAUUGAAGCCUGGAACUUGAGGGAUGGCGGCGUUGAUGGCAGGUGCCAGAGUGAGAAGCGUAGCGAGAAGCUUGGAUGAAGGCAUGUUUACGGAUGAAGUAAAGGAGUGUUCAAGGAACUGUUGAUAAUGAAAAUGACUGAAAGAGUGUUGUAAGGAGAAGGAUUGGAUGAAGACGAAGAGCCUGGAGAAUCAAAUUACUUCAGACAUUGAAGGCAUACUUAUACAACUGAACGUCAACAUCGUUUUCACCCAUCCGUACGACAAUCGCCGAGUAUUUCGGUCUCUCGUC